AUGACUGCCACGUGUGGACCAAUUUUUAAGCUGCUUCAUAAAGAUCGAGGUUGUGUAUGGAUGGAAGAUUGUCAGAAAGCAUUCGAUGACAUCAAAGAGUACUUACUCGAGCCUCCUAUUCUGAUUCCUCUAGUAGAAGGGAGACCUCUGAUCAUGUACUUGACUGUGCUAGAAGAAUCGAUGGGUUGUGUACUCGGUCAACAAGAUGAAACAGGAAGAAAAGAACAUGCCAUAUACUAUUUGAGUAAGAAGUUCACCGACUGUGAAUCUCGGUAUUCCAUGCUUGAAAAGACUUGUUGUGCUCUAGCAUGGGCUGCCAAGCGUCUUCGCCAGUAUAUGAUUAAUCACACCACUUGGUUGAUAUCUAAAAUGGAUCCAAUCAAGUAUAUCUUUGAGAAGCCCGCCCUGUCUGGAAGAAUUGCCCCAAUCAAAGGAAGUGUCUUAGCUGAUCAUUUGGCACACCAACCAAUUGAUGAUUAUCAAUCUGUCAAGUUUGAUUUUCCUGAUGAAGAAUUUUUGUUUUUGAAAGCCAAGGAUUGUGAAGAGCAGUUGCCUAAAGAGGGUCCCGAUCCUCAAUCUCAAUGGAGUUUAAUGUUUGAUGGAGCCGUCAAUGUCUAUGGUAGAGGAAUUGGGGCACUUAUUAUCACUCCUGAGGGUACUCACAUACCUUUUUAUGCAAGGUUGAUGUUUGAAUGCACGAAUAAUAUGGCAGAAUAUGAAGCUUGCAUCAUGGGUAUUGAAGAAGCUAUCGAUCUCAGAAUCAAGAUCCUUGACAUAUAUGGAGACUCAACACUUGUGAUCAAUCAGAUUAAAGGAAAGUGGGAGACUCGUAAUGAAAGUUUAAUUCCUUAUAGAGAUUAUGCAAGAAGGUUGUUGACUUUCUUCAACAAAGUAGAAUUGCAUCAUAUACCCCGCGCCGAGAAUCAAAUGGGAGACGCUUUGGCUACUCUGGCUUCCAUGUUCAAGAUAAAUCAUUGGAAUGAUGUACCGUUGAUUAGUGUCACUCGCCUUGAAAGGCCCGCUCAUGUGUUUGCUGUCGAAGAAAUUCCAGAUGAUAAACCUUGGUUCCAUGAUAUUAAGGUUUACAUACAGACUCAAGAGUACCCACUUGGGGCAUCCAAUAAAGAUAAGAAGAUUCUGAGAAGAUUGGACGAUAAUUUCUUUCUGAAUGGAGAUGUGUUGUAUAAGAGAAACUUUGAUUUAGUUCUGCUCAGAUGUGUGGAAAAGACUGAAGCAGACAUGUUGAUGCAAGAGAUUCAUGAAGGUUCCUUUGGCACCCACGCCAAUGGACAUGCAAUGGCUAAGAAGAUUUUAAGAGCGAGUUAUUAUUGGUUGACUUUGGAAUCUGAUUGUUUCAAGUUCGCAAGAAAGUGCCACAAAUGUCAAAUUCAUGCUGAUAAGAUUCAUGUACCUCUGACUCUCCUCAAUGUUAUGUCUUCACCAUGGCCUUUAUCUAUGUGA